AUGCCCUGCCUGGCACUGCAGGAAGAGGUGGCUGCCACCCAGGGCAGAAAGCUGCCUGUCCAGCUGUCUUCUGUGAGUGUCUGCCUGACGGUUUCCUUUGGCUGGCAGCUAGGCACUGUGUCUUCCUGUCUCUCUAGGGACUGGUUCUUGAAGGGAAACCUCCUCAUCAUCAUUGUCAGUGUGUUAAUCAUCCUGCCCCUGGCCCUCAUGAAACACUUGGGCUACCUGGGGUACACCAGUGGUCUCUCUCUGACCUGCAUGCUGUUUUUCCUUGUUUCGGUCAUCUACAAGAAGUUCCAGCUUGGCUGUGCUAUAGGCCGCAAUGAAACAGCAAUGGAGAGUGAAGCUCCCGUGGGACUCCCCAGCCAAGGGUUCAACAGCAGCUGUGAGGCCCAGAUGUUCACAGUUGACUCACAGAUGUCCUACACAGUGCCCAUUAUGGCUUUUGCUUUUGUCUGCCACCCUGAGGUGCUACCCAUCUAUACGGAGCUCUGCCGGCCCUCCAAGCGCAGGAUGCAGGCCGUGGCCAACGUGUCUAUUGGGGCCAUGUUCUGCAUGUAUGGGCUCACAGCAACCUUUGGAUACCUCACCUUCUACAGCAGCGUGAAGGCGGAGAUGCUGCACAUGUACAGCCAGAAGGACCCGCUCAUCCUCUGCGUGCGCCUGGCCGUGCUGCUCGCGGUGACCCUCACUGUGCCAGUCGUGCUGUUCCCUAUCCGCCGGGCCCUGCAGCAGCUGCUUUUCCCAGGCAAGGCCUUCAGCUGGCCACGACAUGUGGCCAUAGCUCUGAUCCUGCUUGUUUUGGUCAAUGUCCUUGUCAUUUGUGUGCCAACCAUCCGGGAUAUCUUUGGAGUUAUCGGGUCCACCUCAGCCCCUAGCCUCAUCUUCAUCCUCCCCAGCAUCUUCUACCUCCGCAUCGUACCUUCUGAGGUGGAGCCUUUCUUAUCCUGGCCCAAGAUCCAGGCCCUGUGCUUUGGAGUCCUGGGAGUCCUCUUCAUGGCUGUCAGUCUAGGCUUUAUGUUUGCCAACUGGGCCACAGGCCAGAGCCGCAUGUCUGGACACUGAUCAGGCCCUGCUGGCCCAGGUCCCUGUGCGCAUGCACAUGGAGGGGUCGGGGCCACUCCCUAGGGUCCCUCCUGCCCGGCAUGUGGAGGUGGCUGGUUCCCAUGAACGUGGUUGUCAGAGGCGGGGGACAGCAGAGGUUGCAGACUGGCCCACUUCCCUCCUCCCCAGGGAUGCCAAGCUUGGAUCAUGGCCCUAAUCCCAACCCCAACCCCAUGGGAGGAGGAAGAGGAGGAGGAAGAGGAGGAGGAGGAGGCCAGGUCCUGGUGGAGCCUUUACCCAGCCCAGUCCUCUCUGCCUCCUCCUGGCUGAAGCUGUUUGUCAGGAUUACCCUCGGGCUAAAGAGGAAAAAUAAAGAUGUUGAGCUACCA